GUGUGUAGAUUCGCGUGCGUGCGUGCAUUAUUCAGCGUCCACGCUCGCUCCAUGCGCGUACACCCACUGAUGCACAUCAUCUCAUCGUGUGAGAAGAACAGUACAGAUUGUUCAUACAAUAUGAAACGGCAUUAUAUGCAGGUUUAAAAUGCGCGGUUGGUAAUUUAGAUGCGAUGAAAACCAGCGGACGGACGCGCGCGUGUUAUUCAUCAUAGAGGUUUAGUAUAAGGUGCACGCGUGAGGUACUUCGCUGUUUCCUUCACCUGAUCUGGUACAAUGAUGCUGGGUCAGUCUCCGCAUCUUAUCGGGGGCAUCCUGUGGAUUCAAAACCCAAUGCGAGCUGUCCACUGCAAUCUGACUCAGAAUGGGAUCGACCAUCAAGUGUGCACAGAGGAUGUGACCUCGCACCUGGUGGAAACGUCUGUUGAUGGACUGGACGAUGACAGCCAAGACUUUCAGGACCAGAGUCCCGGUUUCCAGCGAAGAUCUCCUCCUCAGCGCUCAGUGUCUGAGUCUGAACUUACCAGGCCGGGAACUGUGAAGCUGUCCAAACCGGUGGCGCUGUGGACUCAGCAGGACGUGUGUAAGUGGCUGAAGAAACAUUGUCCCAAUCAACACCAAGUCUACAGUGACUCCUUCAAACAGCAUGACAUCACAGGUCGAGCUCUGAUGAGGCUCACUGACAGAAAGUUGGAGCGGAUGGGCAUCAUGCAGGAGAGUCAGAGGCAGUUCAUCCUACAGCAGGUGCUUCAGCUUCGCGUCAGAGAAGAAGUACGCACCCUGCAGCUGCUCACACAAGGUCAGUAAACAAUACUAUAAGGAGUUUUGUUGGUAAAGGCAGCGGCUGCCAUGGAGGAUUCUCUUCAUCUCCGUAUGCAAUAUGUAGAGACUAAAUUAAGGGAUCGCCCCAGUGCUGACAUGCAUAAGAAUGGACAGCACGUUGAUGCAGACAGGAGGUUUAAUCCUUCAGCACUUGCAGUCGGAACCGUGAUGGACAUUACUUUUGAAAGAAAUCAUGAAUGUCAGAGUUGUAGGUUUCAGCCUACGUCCACAUGAAAGAACGCUGUGUACCAGCGGUUAAGCUGGCGGUUGCAUUCAGCUCUAAUUCCAGAAGAACAUGGAAAAUGACUUGAUGGAUUAUAGGAAUGUUCCAGGUUUAAUACAGAUCAAGGUUUAGCGGUCAGAAAACCAUCCAAAAAAUGUCUAAUACUGAUAGCUGGAUCUGUGCAGUGCUCAGUAAAGCAUCCUGUUAUCAUAUUACAGUAACACUUACAUAAAAUGGUGCAGUUUGCAACACACAGGUUA